AUUCCAAGAUCUAGCUAUCCCGUUAUUAUAAUACUAUCGUAUAAAGUAAUUAUUAUUUUCCUGCCACAACUAUAUAUAAAUAUACAUUCACAUUCAAUUAUGCAUGUGCUUAGACUUUGACACACAAUUCAAGCUCCAGAGCUAAUAAGUGAAACAAAAUGUGGAAGCUAAAGAUAAGUGAAGGAAAAGAUCCAUUGCUGAGCACAAGCAACAACUUCAUUGGAAGGCAACACUGGGAGUUCGAUCCCGAGGCCGGAACGCCGGAGGAGAGAGCUGAAGUUGAAAGGCUACGUUCCGAGUUCAAGAGGGACAGAUUCAAAAGGCAGCAAAGUUCUGAUCUACUAAUGCGUUUGCAGUUUAAGAAGGAGAAUGGAUGUGGUUACAUUCCAGCAGCCAUAAAGAUAAAAGACGAAGAGGUUGUUAGUGAGAAAGCAAUCACAACAACACUUAGAAGAGCAUUAACCUUCUACUCAAUGCUUCAAGCUAAAGAUGGUCAUUGGCCCGCAGAGUCCGCAGGCUCAUGUUUUUUCCUUCCUCCUUUAGUUCUGGCAUUGUAUGUGACGGGAUCAAUGAAUAGAGUAUUAACCUCAGAGCACAGAAAAGAGAUGAUUCGCUAUUUGUACAAUCAUCAGAAUGAAGAUGGAGGUUGGGGGCUACACAUUGAGGGUAAUAGCACCAUGUUUGGUUCUGGAAUAAGUUACGUGGCUCUAAGAUUGCUAGGGGAAGGGCCAGAGGAUGGAGAAGAUAUGGCAAUGGCUAGAGGAAGGAAGUGGAUUCUUGACCAUGGUGGUGUCAUCAACAUUCCUUCUUGGGGCAAAUUCUGGUUAUGUGUACUGGGGAUAUACGAGUGGGAUGGUUGUAAUCCAUUACCUCCAGAAAUGUUGCUUCUUCCCAAAAUUUUCCCUAUCCACCCAGGAAAUUUUAUGUCAUAUAGCCGCCUCACAUUCAUUCCGAUGGCGUAUUUAUACGGAAAGAGGUUCGUGGGGCCGGAAACGGAAGUGGUUCGCUCUCUAAGACAAGAAAUCUAUACUCAUCCCUACCACCGGAUUCAUUGGAAUAGCCUCCGUUUCCUCUGUGCUAAGGAAGAUGUUAAUUACCCGCCCAACGCAAUGCCGUAUUAUAUGUACGGGUUUAUACAAAACUUUGUUGAGCCUGUCCUAAAGAUUUGGCCAUUUUCAAUUGUGAGAGAGAAAGCCCUCAAGCGGGCAUUGGACCAGAUUCAUUAUGAGGACCAAUGCUCCCAUUACAUGGACAUUGGCAUUACCGUAAAGGCAGCGGCCAUUGUUGCUUGUUGGGAUGAGGAUCCAAAUUCAGAGGCAUUCAGAAGGCAUCUUGCUCGUCUCCCGGAUUACUUCUGGGUAGCAGAAGAUGGCAUGAAAGUGCAGAGCUUUGGAAGCCAAACGUGGGACUUAUCUUUCAGCAUUCGAGCCAUUCUUUCAAGUAAUCUAUAUGAAGAGUAUUGGCCAACACUUAAAAAGGCACACCAAUUCUUAAAAGCUUCUCAGGUUUCAUCCAAUCUUCCUGGAAAUUUUGAAGAAAUGUAUAGGCACCCCAACAAAGGAUCUUGGACAUUCUCAACGCAAGAUCAUGGUUGGCAGGUCUCAGACUGCACAGCGGAAGCACUUUUGGCUGCGCUUAAGUUAUCUCAGAUGCCUACAGAGGUCGUUGGUGAGCAAAUUGAGACACAACGCUUACACGACGCUGUAAAUAUUAUAUUGUCUCUCCAGAGCGAGGAUAACGGCGGGUUUUUUGCAUGGGAGCCUAGACGAACAUACAAUUGGGUUGAGAAGCUCAAUGCUUUGGAGUUUUUUGAGGAUGUUCUUAUUGAGAGGGAGUACGUGGAGUGCACCUCAUCAGCAAUUCAAAGCCUAUCACUUUUCAAAAAGUUGCACCCUCAAUACAGAAGAUGUGAAAUUGAUAGUAGCAUUCGAAGAGGCAUUGAAUAUAUUGAGAGCGUACAAAACCUUGACGGUUCAUGGACUGGAAGCUGGGGGAUAUGUUACACGUAUGCAACGUGGUUUGCUGUGGAGGCAUUGGCAACAUGCGGGAAGAAGUGGGAGAAUAGUGACGUUGUGCGCAGGGCUUGUCACUUUUUGCUCUCAAAGCAGCUCUCAGAUGGGGGAUGGGGAGAGAGUUAUUUAUCUUGUUCAACUAAGGUGUACACAAACCUAGAAGGAAAUCGAUCACAUUUAGUUCAGACUUCAUGGGCUCUCCUAGCUCUUAUUGCAGCCGAUUAUAUUAAGGUGGAUCCGUCCCCAGUUCACCGCGGUAUCAGAGUAUUAAUAAAUUCACAUAUGGAUGACGGAGACUACCCUCAACAGGAAAUUUCUGGAGUAUUUAUGAAGCACUGCACAUUAAACUAUGCAUCCUAUCGGAAUAUAUUUCCCAUAUGGGCACUUGGACAAUAUCGCAACAAUUUUGUAUUUCCCUAAUCAUCAUUUGUUCACUGCAUCAUGAAUAGAUUGUAACAAACAAUCGUAUUACACAUACAUUAUAUGUACUCUUAUGAAAAGAACUGUUCUUUUUAGUGGAUAAAAAGAAUUAUUCUAAUUUGUAGAGUAUUAAAAUUUAAUAUAGUGUUAAAGCAUAUAUUUUGCCAGAGAGAAA